AAAGAAAAUGCUUGAUUUUGAAAGGUUGAUUUGUUGAGAAAAAAAGGUUAGGAGCUCAAAAAAUGUUCGACUGCUGGACAUGUUCUAACCAAAUACGCAGGCCCAGUUCACUGGGGAAAAACAUUUUUAUUUCGUACAAGGCGGAGGACGCCGCGGAAAAAAAAAAGUCCCCCGUUUCCUCGCCGAGAAAUCCCUUCCUCGAGCACGCGCGAGCAAAUCCGUAGCAAGCAUCGCCGCAGCCGUGAUGGCAGCGAUGAACAUUGAUCUGGGAGGAUUGGCAGGCAGGCCUACUACUUCACAGGCGGAUCCUUUUCAAAGUGCUUUGUAUGGAGCUGGACCUGAACUCAUCCGAAGUGGACUAGGAGCGUACAGUGAGAAGUUUUUAGGUUCAAGCUCUGACUUUAUGCAAAGCAAUAUCACCCAAUAUUUGUCCAAUCCACAAUAUUACUUCCAAGUGAACAACCAGUAUGUGAGGAACAAGCUGAAGGUUGUCUUGUUUCCUUUCCUGCAUCGGGGACACUGGACUAGGAUAACCGAGCCAGUGGGAGGAAGGCUGUCAUACAAACCUCCAGUUCAAGACAUCAAUGCUCCAGAUCUGUACAUCCCUCUGAUGGCUUUUGCCACCUACAUUGUAGUUGCUGGAUAUGCCUUGGGUGUUCUUGGAAGGUUUACCCCGGAGGCACUGACUAUACAGUUCACAAAAGGGUUACUCGGUUGGUUUAUGCAAGUCAUCCUCAUUAAAGCUCUACUUUACUCACUGGGAAGUGGUGAAUCGCCGUUGCUUGACAUUGUGGCAUAUGCUGGGUAGAGCUGAAUGAAUUGCUGACAUAAUUUUCAGCCAAAUCUUGCUGCUGCUGCUCUUGCAUGUGGUAUGUUUUCCUAGACCAUUAUACACACUUAAUUUGAACCCAGGAAAGAUAUCCUGUGACUUCAAAAAGGAAAAAAAAAUCAUGAUGAAUUAGUGCUCAAACCAAAGGAUUAUUGCAUAAGUGGAGCACAAUGGAUGAAUACUUACUAGAAGACAUGUAAUAGCUACAAGGCAUGAUUGAUGUCUAGCUACACCAUCUAGAGUUACACAAUGCUGAAACAAUUAGCAUUGGUGAAAAGUAAAAAAAUAAAUAUCAUUUUGAAACUGCAGCCUAUCAGAAUAUCACUCUAUCUCAAGAUUAGCACCACCUGGCAACAGAGUGCUCCCGUCGACUGAAGAGGUCAAUGGCGAUGAACAGUUGGAGCUUGUAAGAGCAGGUAGAGUGUCGACCUCAACCACGCCCUCCAGCAUCUGCACCACCUGGUGCAUUGUCGGACGGAGCGAAGGAUUCUGCUCAAUGCACCAGAGUGCAACACGCAUGAACCUCUCCACUUUGACCAAAUCCUCAAUGUUGUUGUCAUCAUUAUGCAACAAAACCUCAAUUUUUCCAUGACAGACCAACUGACCAGCCCACCAAAACAGUGUGACUGAAUCGUCACCAUCCAGCCCGGUCACAGGCUCCUGGCACUUCCGGCAGCAUAUCAUCUCUAGUAGCACAACGCCGAAGCUGUAAACAUCAACCUUGGUGUCAAUGCGCCUAUCACUUUGGAACCACUCGGGGGCAAUAUAGCCCCUUGUGCCCCUGAUGUUAGUCACCGUGGUGUGCAUCUGCUGGUCACUAAGAAGCUUUGCGAUCCCAAAAUCAGUAAUCUUUGGAUUUUUCUUGUCAUCUAACAAUAUAUUGUCAGGCUUGAUGUCACAAUGGAUGAUUGGAUAAUUGCAUCCUUCGUGUAAGUACUCUAGGCCCUUGGCAAUACCAAGUGCUGCCUCAGCACGCCAACUCCACAUCGGUCGCUGAGGCUGGAAAAGGAAGCUCCGGAGGGAACCACCUGGCAUGAACUCGAACACCAACAUCCGUUGCUCCUGCUCUUUGCAGUAACCAACCAUUCGGACUAGGUUCCUGUGGUGGAUCUGGCCGAUGGACUGUACCUCAUUCGUGAACUCCCUCUCGCUGUAAUCAUUGGAGCUGAUGAGCUUCUUCACUGCUAUGUCAGGGGAGUGUAGUGACUUAAACUUCCCAUGGUAGACCUCGCCAAAGCCGCCUCUGCCUAGCAACUUACAAAAGCCAUUGGUGGCUUUGUAAAGCUCUUUUGCAGUGUAAGCCCUCACAAAGUCAUGGUUGGCAUUCUUCUUCCUAAGGUACCAAUGUAACAUGAGACUACUUAUUGUGGAUAGCAAUAGGAACGCCGAGCAACCGAGUAAUACAUAAGGCAAUAUCCUUCUCGGUGGCGCCGGCACUGAGGGGCUGCUCGUCCGCACCUUGAUCAAUGCCUUCAUGACAAUGUCUCCUCCUUGCCGUCCAAAUCCUGCCAAUGACACCAUCUUGGCACAAUAACUGCCAUCAUACAUAGCAGCGGCGCAGAGGCAGUCCUUUAGGCAAGAGUCUGCACACUGGUCCUCUGUGGUGUGCGAAUAUCCUUCAUAUGGCGAGUUUCCCCAAGUGGUGUUUGGGAGCUUGACAACCCCAAACUCGGCAGAGCGGUUCUUCCCGUCACAACUCUGCGGCAUGAACCCCUGUGUGCAGCCCAUGUACGUGAGCUGAGAAUCGACAUAGGAGUAGCUGCUUGGGCACUCACAAUCGAGCCGGUCGUUAGGACCAUACACACAGUAUGAGUUGGGGCCACACAAACCUUGCAGAGAGGUUUUUAUCUUGCAACCUUCGGUUGGGAACUGUCCCGUGACUGCCCACGACAAGUUGCUCCUUGCCAUGGCAUUCUUCGGUCGGGUGUACAUGCGGAAGAUGCCAUCCGGAUCGAGUGAUGCGUGCUGGUGGUAACCAAACCUAGACUUUGGAUGCGGGGGUAUCAGGUCAACCACAGUGCUGUCAUUGCUCUGAUAGUACAGAUGGCCUGAUGAGUCAAAGAAAAUAGUCAUGUUGCCGGCCUGGUUGCCUGGCAGGUAGGUGUUAGUGCUCCAAUAUGCGUUGUGCGAAUCCAGGUUGCCGGUGGCGAGGUUCGUGAGGUACAAGACGAUGUUACCAUCGCCUUGCACCUGCAGGCUGUAGCGGCCGGGGAAGAAGACCAUGUCGGAGCGCCUGGACAGAAGAGCCUUUCCAGAGCCCAAGGAUUGACCCGGGAGGAGUGUGUCAGUUGGGUGCUGGAAGCUCUCCCAGGUGAUGGGCAUUCCCCCGGUGGCAAGUAACUGGAGGUUGCCUGAGUCUUGCAGCACGAGAAUUGAGCCAGCUUGUAGGCUAGGGUAUGGGUUUGUCCAUAUUAUGCUACCGGUGUUGUCAGUGAGGGAGAGCUGUGGACCAAUGCUGAACACAGACAACUUCGUGGCCAUUACGGUGGAGCCUGAACCCAGGUUCUUGGCAUACCACACCACCUUCUCCUGUGCAGGGUCGGGCGCCUGGGUGAGGUUGAAGUUGAACCAGACAGCAAGGAGGAACUGGCUGGGGUCAGAGUCGAGGGCCCGGAAGCCGAAGGCAAAUCCCCCCGACGGGGAGGUGAUGUAGCCAGGGGGGCUGAGUGUCGAUCCGGUUGUGAGCCUCUGCGCUGCAAGCAGAUGAGGCUGGUGGAGCAAGAGCACGAGGAACGAAGCAAGGUGGAGAACAAAAGAUAGUGAUGCGCUUAAUGGCUUCAUUUGUGAUUAGCUUCUUGCUGAUCUGGCUUUAUUUCUGAUUAGCUUCUUGCAUGAUCAGCAUGCCAUUGUGGUGUAUAUAAACAUGAUAUGAUCCAGGCAUCCAGCAAGUCUUGGGCGCCUCGUAUGGCAUGCUUUCCUUGGGUGGUUGGCGAAUGUCAAAUUGUCAAAAGGCCAGGAGGAAUUCCGCUGGACCUUCCAUCAAAAUGGUAAGUUCUCAGUCAACUCAGUGUAUCUGACAGCUGCCGUGAAGUUUAGGGCACCGAUUAGCUUAAUACAAGGCAUCGACCGACCGCGCAAUUUGCUGACCAAAAGGAAGCUGAACAUUUCUUUCUAAUUUGCUGACUGAAAGGAAGCUGAACAUUUCUUCCCACGUUUUAGUUUGCCCAGUACGUAAGCUUGCAGGUGGAUCACUUUAUUGCUGUAGAAGGUAAUAUCAGGUAUCAACAGCUCAUUUCCCAUGUUAAAUUUACCUCACUCUCGUUACAGCUUUGGAUGACUCUGUGUGUACGGACUACGGAGUAGUGUCUUCUAACGUCUGAUGUAAAGAAAGUGUAUCAACUGAUCGUGGAGGGACUAGCAAAUUUGGCAAUGUUUCCCAGCAGCGUUCUGUCAAUGGUCUUUGUGUGCAGUGCAGAUUGUUGAGGAAGUCGAGCAAUAUUUAUUUCUUAGCGAGUAGCUAGCCCUCUUUUGCUCUUGUUUCCUGGUGUUUUGGUGUCCUCGCUCUGGUCGUUGGCUCCCUGAUGAGGAUGCAAUUUGUGUACUCUUGAAGAAGAAAGGUGUAUGAACUAUGAA